AUGUCAAUUGAAGAAAACAUUUUCCUAGCUAGAGUUGCUGAACAAGCCGAGAGAUUCGACGAUAUGGUCAACUUCCUCAAGCCAGUCUUGGACGAGAAGGGAGGUGAUAUUACCUCAGAUGAAAGAAAUUUACUCUCAGUUGCAUUCAAGAACCUCAUCUCAUCAAAGAGAACUGCAUGCAGAACCAUUCAAGCUAUUGAGCAAAAUCCCAAGUAUCAAAAGUUCAGCGGUGCUCUCGGUAGUUACAAGAAAUAGAUCGAGGAGGCAUUGUACAAGGACUGUGAGAAUAUCAUCAGCAUUAUUUAGAGCAGAAUUUUGAACAAAGCAUCCGAGUCUGAGGCCAGAGCUUUCUUCGUCAAGAUGGUCGGAGAUUACUAUAGAUACAUCGCCGAGACUGCCACCGGAGACAGACUUGAAGGUGUGAAGACCAAUGCCCUAAAGGCCUACCAAGAGGCAUCAGCUAUUGAUCUCCCCGCUUGUAACGCCACCAAGUUAGGUCUUGCCCUUAACUUCUCCGUAUUCCAUUAUGAAGUAUUGAAGGAUGAGCCAAACGCUAUCACUAUUGCUGAAAGUGCUCUCGCAGCUGCCCUCGACAAAAUCGAUGACUUGGACGAGAACGGAUUCAAUGAAGUGAAGUCUAUUAUUGAACUACUUAAGGAGAAUAUCUCACUUUGGAAAGAAGAUGCUGAGCAAUGA